UCCAAGCACAGAUCUCACAUAGCCAUUUCCGAGGAAGUCUCACAGUGCAGAGACGUCAGUGUUGGGGCUUGUGUUUUUUGUUCUGCUCGUGUUAGGGUUUAAAUUUUUGCUGCGAAAAUGCGUGAGAUCUUGCAUAUCCAGGGGGGCCAGUGUGGCAACCAGAUCGGGGCAAAGUUCUGGGAAGUUGUUUGUGAUGAGCACGGCAUCGAUCCCACUGGUCGGUAUCAUGGCACAUCUGAUCUUCAGCUGGAGAGAGUGAAUGUGUAUUACAAUGAGGCCAGCUGUGGAAGAUUUGUUCCCAGGGCUGUGCUCAUGGAUCUUGAACCUGGAACCAUGGACAGCGUCAGAACGGGGCCUUAUGGUCAGAUCUUUCGGCCGGACAAUUUCGUCUUUGGGCAGUCUGGUGCCGGAAAUAACUGGGCUAAGGGCCAUUACACCGAGGGCGCCGAGCUCAUUGAUGCAGUCUUGGAUGUCGUGCGGAAGGAGGCUGAGAACUGCGAUUGCCUGCAAGGCUUUCAGGUGUGCCAUUCUUUGGGAGGAGGCACAGGAUCUGGAAUGGGAACGCUGCUGAUAUCAAAAAUUAGAGAGGAGUAUCCCGAUCGCAUGAUGUUGACUUUCUCUGUGUUUCCUUCUCCGAAAGUGUCGGACACAGUCGUGGAACCCUACAAUGCUACACUGUCGGUCCACCAGUUGGUGGAGAACGCCGAUGAGUGUAUGGUUCUGGAUAAUGAGGCGCUCUAUGACAUUUGCUUCAGGACUCUUAAGCUCACUACGCCAAGCUUCGGAGAUUUGAACCACUUGAUCUCAGCCACAAUGAGCGGAGUGACCUGCUGCCUCAGGUUCCCUGGUCAGCUGAACUCAGAUCUGAGAAAGCUGGCCGUGAAUCUGAUCCCCUUCCCCCGCCUUCACUUCUUCAUGGUGGGUUUUGCCCCAUUGACCUCCCGAGGGUCGCAGCAAUACCGCGCACUUACUGUGCCAGAGUUGACUCAGCAGAUGUGGGACUCGAAGAACAUGAUGUGUGCUGCUGAUCCCCGGCACGGGCGAUACCUGACAGCCUCCGCCAUGUUCCGUGGAAAGAUGAGCACUAAGGAGGUGGAUGAGCAGAUGAUGAAUGUGCAAAACAAGAACUCCUCCUACUUUGUGGAAUGGAUCCCCAACAAUGUGAAGUCUUCUGCCUGUGAUAUCCCUCCCACGGGCCUAAAAAUGGCUUCCACCUUCAUUGGUAACUCUACCUCCAUCCAGGAGAUGUUCAGGCGCGUGAGUGAGCAGUUCACUGCUAUGUUCAGGAGAAAGGCCUUUUUGCAUUGGUACACUGGAGAGGGCAUGGAUGAGAUGGAAUUCACUGAGGCCGAGAGCAACAUGAACGAUCUGGUCUCUGAAUAUAUGCAGUACCAGGAUGCUACCGCUGAUGAUGAAGGGGAAUAUGACGAUGAAGAAGAACAAGAAAUGUGAUCACUCCAAAAUAAUAUCCAUAUUAAUGAGUACUGUUUAAGAAUGGCAACAACGGCUAGUUGUUUAGGCUUCUAGUUGUGUUUGUCUACUUCAUUUGUUGUUUAAUCAUCCUACUGCUGGAGGUUAAGCAGAUGCAUAAGUUGUUUCCUUUUUUUUGUGAUAUCUCUCUGCUACAUUACAUUGUUAUGUAUGUAUCACAUCCGGAUAGAAUAUAUCCUAUAAAGUUCUUUUGGUAAAAGAGUGAUGAAUUUA